AUGGGUCUUCAAGGAAAAAAUGUCCUUUUGACAGGUGCUUCAAUGGGCAUUGGCGAAGCCAUUGCCAACGCACUAGCUGCUGAAGGCACAAAUCUCAUUCUUCUAUCGCGUUCAGAGGACAAGCUGAGCUCGCUGGCCAAGAAGUUGUCCGCCUCAUACCCUGACGCAAAAAUCAUCUAUCGCGCUGCCGACAUUGGCAACUUCGAGGUUGUCGACAAGGCCGUUGCUUCUGCCGUCGAGGAGAUUGGCGACAUCGACGUUCUCAUCAACAAUGCCGGUCUUGCCCUCGGAGCUCCCGCCAGAUUCCACGAACUCAAGAUCGAGGACGUCGUCACCAUGUCCAACACGAACAUCAAAGGCACCAUGUUCGUCACCCACUCGGUGCUCAACAGGUCCAUGAUGAGGCAGAAGUCGGGCAAAGGGACGAUCCUUAAUGUCACGUCCACCACCGCGCUGGAGGUGCCGCCCUUCCCGGGCGAAGCCGUGUACCACGCGAGCAAAGCCUUCCAGGAAGGCUUCACCAACUCCCUCCGGAACGAGCUGGUCGAGACGGACAUCAAGGUGCUGGCCCUGAGGCCGGGCGUCGUCGCGACUCACUUCCACACGCAACGUGUUGGGUUCGACAAGGACCAAUACGACUCGUUCAUCGAGGGUUACGAGUUCGUCACACUCUUCCCCCCUCCCCCCCGGGCAUACCUCUGGCAAUCGUCGAUGCAAGCAGGUUGCGUGCUGACAUUUCCCCUUAGCCCUCUGGUCUCCGAGGACGUUGCCCGUGCCGCCGUUUACAUGCUCAACCAGCCCGAAAAGAUAUCCAUCAAGGCGCUGGACGUCGUCCCAACAGCUCAACGAUCGCUCAACGUAUUCGACCGAACAUGGAACGAACGCAGGAACUGA